AUGGGAAUAGCAGGUAAGGUUGGGGAUUAUGCUUUCAAGGCUUUCACCGCCACUCUUGGAUUCACCACCAUUUACCUCACCGCAACCUUCUCUGUCAACGUUUACAGAGGCCUCUCUUGGCACAAUGCUCAAACCAAACUUGUCGAGCAAGAGGCUGAAGAGAAGGCACCGUGA